AUGUAUAUGUAUGUAUAUGUGUAUAUGUAUGUGUAUGUAUAUGUGUAUGUAUAUGUAUGUAUGUAUAUGCUUUAUGCUCUUGUUUUCCAGGUCCUUUCCAUUCUACUACAGGUAAUGUGUCAGCCCGCUAUGAGACCGACAUCACUCCAGCUGGCUGGACCUUCUCUAUCUGGGGUGUUAUCUAUACCUGGCUCUCCUUGAUGGUGAUCUACAUCACUACAUAUGUAUUCAGAGGAUCCUGGGCUCAGUGUCUGAUGCCAUACACCUUCUAUCUGUGCUGGCUGUCCAACCUGGUGAUGAACAUAAUAUGGCUGCUGCUGUGGGACAGAGAGUCAAUGCUGGCGGCUCUGGUUGUAUUAAUCCUGAUGACUAUUGUCAACUACACUGCUUUGUUCUUCUGUUGCUCUGCCACAGAUUACUAUGGACUCUGGUUACAGACGUACCAUCGCAAAGACCUGUACUGUCUAAGAAUACUGGUCCAGAAUGGUUUGGCUCUCUAUACCACAUGGACUUCCAUCGCUUCUCUGAUCAACUUUUCAUUGGUUCUCCACCUGUGGGGUGUGGCCAGGAGCACAGCAGCAACAGCUUCUCUAUGCAUCCUGUUUGCAGAGGUAGUGGCAUGGUUCCUUUUUGAGAACUGGGUGCUGGACCGUUGGGUGCGUAACAUCCUGACCGUGUACCCCGUUGUGAUCGUGGCUCUGGUUGGAAACGUCUUCAGACAUUUUAACCCAGCUGAUCCCACUCCAAACUCUGUGUUUAUGGUUGCACUGCUGGUGUUGGCAUGUGUCCUGCUGGUUUCCCGACUCUGCACCGUCAUCUGGAGAAACAGUAGGCGACCUCUCCACUCCCCAGGCUCAGCACGGCUGAUGGUAUCACCCCUUGAUGGCAGAAAAUUCAUGAUUUUUACUUAAACAGGAAGCGUUUCAGUACUUCCUGUCCCUCUGCAGCCUUUAAACUGUCAGGCUACUCUUAAUUACAUUCUCAAGUGUUAAUGUAAUGGGGAGCCGGGUAAACCUCUCCUUCACUCCUCUGUUGUCCCUCAACUGCAAUCAAGACAAUGGGAAACGCUAAUUACCUACUACGACUGUUAACCAUUAAUUACCAUUAUUAUUAUCUGUAUGUUAUGCUCUUUUAAACAAAUGCAUACAUGUGAUUUCAUAAUGUUUUAUAAUGCUAUUUUAAAGCAGUUUUAUUGUUGCAUUUAUGGCUUUUUUUAUAUUGUGUGUAUCCAUUCAGGGACAAUCGACUAUAAACUGUCAAACUACAGCAUGUUGACCUUUUAUACAAUAUAAGUUCAAUAGAAUACUAAAAUGCUUUGUUGAAUUAAUUCUGCUUUGCCAAUUAAAUCGUUCUUUUGCACAUUUA